CCGAUGCAUGACGAUGACGACGAUCAGUUCAGUUGCUUAACAAACGUCAGCGAGCCCGGUUGAGAUCGAGCCAAGUUUACUCGCGCUUAGAGCCAAUUGGUGUUUCAAUCUGGCCAAAAAACACCUUUGUGUGCGUACAGAAACACGGAGCCGAUGAACGCUGCCGCCAAACGGAGCCAAGAUGCCGCGCAAGCUGCUUAAAUUCCUGAUCAUCUUCGACAACACCUCCCUGCUGUACUUCCCGGGACAGUUCCUCUCCGGCAGGGUGCUCAUCGAGCUGCAGGACGAGACUCCGGCUCUGGGACUCCACUUCCAUGUGGUCGGCGAGGGCGUGGUGCGCAACGGGCGGCGGCAGGAGCGGACGUACGACAAGGAGAACUACAUCGACUUCCGCAUGCGGCUCCUGGGGGACGUGGACCAGGGCGGUCCGGCCAUACUCUCGCCGGGAAUACACAGCUUUCCCUUCAAGCUCGGCUUGCCGCUGGGCCUACCCUCCACAUUCCUGGGACGCUACGGCUGGAUCCAGUUCUACUGCAAGGCUGCACUGCGCGAGAACAACGGCAUUAUCCACAAGAACCACCAGGUCUUCAUCGUGAUGAACCCCAUCGACCUGAACCUGGAAAAGCCCAUUUUGGCAGUGAGUAAUUGUUCGAAGCUCUCCCCGGUGAGAAUCUUUACCUUUUGGAUCUUCCAGCAACCUUUCACCUGCGAAGUGGAGCACAAGCUGGGCGUCGUAUGCGUGGGUGGAGGCCAAAUCAAAUGCAGGGUGUCCCUGGACCGCGGUGGCUAUGUGCCCGGCGAGAAUAUUCUGGUAACCGCCUUCAUCUCCAACUACAGCAAUGUGUCCAUCAAGCGGACCAAGGCGUCGCUGACUGAGACCAUCGAGUAUUUGGCGCGUGGCAAGGUUGUUCAGACGGAGAAGCGGGAGCUGGCCGUCCUGGUGCGCGGCAAGGUCCGUCCGGGGGGCAAGGACGAGUGGCAUAACGAGCUCUAUGUGCCGCCCCUGCCGCCGACCAACCUGCACGGCUGCCACCUUAUCAAAAUCUCAUACGACGUGUUCUUCGUCAUUGAGCCCAAGUCCAUGGAGAAGGAGAUCAAGCUGCAGCUGCCAAUUGUGCUGGCCACGUACCCGUUCCGGCACUCCGGGGAUGCGGCGAACGCCAACACCUGGCCGGAGUCGGUGCUCAAGCCGGACACCCACACCCACUAUCCGUCCACGCUGCCAAUUUUCCGCCCCUGGCUGCACGAGAAGCCCAGCGAGGCAUAGCCUCUGGUCUCUGGGGUCAUAGUUUUGUUAACAACGAUUUCAGCCAUACACUAAUUUAAUAUUAUUUAACUCGUACGUACGUGUUUACCUUGUGCAACUGUGUGACUUACUUGUUUCUGAAAAUAACUUGAAGAUUAAACAAUGUCCAUAAUCUU